GUUUUCCCAACAUGUUCCAUAUUUUUAAAAGUAAUUGCCCCAAAUAGGAUCAAAACAUAGUUAAAACUCCAAAAUAGGAGUUAAUGUUUUAUUUUCCCUAAAUAGGACUCAACAUUACCAUUAUUCCCUUAAUAUAAUUAAAGCCCCAAUCCAUCACCGGCUAUUGAAGUCCAAAGAUCAGUGAGCGAGCUUCUCUCCCAUAUGAGUUCUUCGCUAUUUUUUCCUUUACAUUCGUCGAUCGCUUCCCAACCAUCGCCGAGUUUGUCUCCAGCCCCGCCGCCUCGCCUCUCCAGCCCCGCCGCCUCGCCUAUCUGGUUUUCCAUUGUUGUCGCCUCUCUUCGCCGAUUUCUCAUCGCCUCUCUUCGCCGAUUUCUCAUCGCCUCUCUUCGCCAAUUUCAAUUCUCAUCGCCUCUCUUCUUUGAUUUUCCAUAUCAGGGAACACCUCACCGGUUUAUUAAAGAAAAGUGUAGUACAGAGAGCAGGAGGACCAAACCAAUGCCUGCUCGGGGAAAUAAAUUAAAACAUGCAGAAAUAAUAAGAGAAACAGUAAAAGAUUACAAAGCCAACUAGUUUACUGUGUAAUUAAAAUUUUUGGGGAGUCUCGCCUGUAUAGAUAAGUCUUUGUUGUAUUUGUGAUGAAAUUUAAUCGCCCUUUGAAUAUAUGGAGGAUAUAUGUUUUUCUCAGGAUGUGAUCUACGGUACCAAGCCAAACCUUGCACCAAUUUAUGAGGCGAUUCAUAUGUGUUCUUCGGGAUAGACGUAGAACUCAAUAUCUGUUUGUCCAGCCUUAGUGUUGCUCCUUGUUAGUAUAUAUAUAUGUGAAGUAUAUCCUCUGGUAUAGGUUUGUGGCACCUGAAUCGAAGCUAUUUGUUGUUGGUGACUAGUUUUUUUUUAUUUUUUCUCGAGACCACCGGAGUGAAUCCGUCUAAAGUAUCCUCUUCAAUCGGUAUGUCUAUAAGAGAUAGGCUGUCAAAAUCAUUAUCUUCAGAGCUAUUUAGAGGUUGGGGUUCAUGAUAGGUCAGAGAUUUAGUAGGUUGAGUGGUUUGAUACUCUAUAGAAGGACUAUUUUGGGAGGGGUUAUCCUCAGCUGAGUUAUGGGGCCUUUUCACCUGACUCGACGGGGACAUUAGGAUCCAAACACAGUACAUGUGCAUUGGGUGAGGGCUCGAUGGUUAAGGCAGCGUGAUUAACAAUAGGAUCUGCCUUUGAGCACCCCGGGUCAACAGGGGCAAGUGCAGUAUCCUCUUGGACAACCUCAUGGAUUGUAUCAUCUUAUGUAGUAUCCUGUUGGGCAACCUCAUUGACCGUAGCAUUUUUUUCGGGGCAAUGGUAACCAAAAUGGGUUCCAGA